AUGGGUGAUUUCAACGAGAUCCUGGAUAACUCAGAGAAGGUGGGGGGUAAUCCAAAACCGGUGAAGCAGAUGGAAGGAUUCCGACAGGCUAUUGAGGAGUGUAACUUGGGUGACUUGGGUUUCAGGGGUCCCAAAUUUACCUGGAGUAAUAAACGAAGGAGGGGAGUGUUUGUGAAAGAAAGACUGGACAGAGGUCUGGCCUCCCCAGAUUGGUGUGCCUUAUUUCCCAAUGCUGGCAUCGAGGUAGGUGUUGCUUCUUGCUCAGAUCACCUCCCUCUAUGGAUUCGAACGGACUCUUGGGUCAGCCGGCCCCAGAAACUCUUUCGGUUCGAGGCUAGUUGGAAUGCUGCUGAGGAGUGCGAUGCAUUAAUCCGACAGUCCUGGUCUAAGACUGUCAACGGUCCUAACUGUCUGAACUCUCUGGGUAAUAAGCUUGCGAACUGUAAGAACGAAUUGGUGAGAUGGAGUUCAAAUAGAAGGGGGACUGCCCAACCGCAAUUGAAGUCAUUAUAUAGGAGGCUGGGGCAGCUUCAGAGUUACGAAAAUCCUGCUAACCUGGACCUCAUUGCGCAGCUACAAGGUGAGAUUAACAAGCUGCUUGAGAUCGAGGAUUUGUAUUGGAAACAGAGGGCCAAAAGGAACUGGUAUUGUAUGGGGGAUAGGAACACCCAGUAUUUCCAUGCGUGGGCUUCACAGAGAAGAAGACUUAAUCAUAUUGGCUCCAUUGCUGACUUAGAGGGCAACAUUUGGACAGAACAGCAAGACAUUGGAAGAGCCUUUACUCUUUUUUUCCAGAAUAUCUUCUCCUCAGUGGGUUCCUCUUCCGUCGAGGAGUGUCUCUCCUCUGUCCAAGCCCGUGUUCCCCCUGAAUCAAAUGAGAUGCUCUGUGCUGUUUUCACCCCAGAAGAAGUUAACCAAGCUCUGGCCCAAAUGCACCCCUUGAAAGCGCCAGGUCCGGAUGGCUUCGGCUGCUGUUUCUUCCAGAAACACUGGCAGGUGGUGGGAGAGGAGGUGCAGCGGUCGGUUCUGGAAUUCCUCAAUUUCGAAAUCUUUGAUCCUGGAAUCAACUCCACCUUUAUCACUUUGGUACCGAAGAAACCCUCUGCUUCCUCUGUAAGUGACUUCCGCCCGAUUAGUUUGUGCAAUGUCCUCUACAAGCUGAUCGCUAAGGUCUUAGCUAACAGACUCAAAAAGGUCCUUCCGUCUCUUAUCUCCCCGGCUCAGAGUGCCUUUGUCCCGGGUAGACUCAUCACCGAUAAUGUGCUUGUCGCCUAUGAAGCCCUUCAUUCAAUGGUUUCCCGGAUGAAAGGUAGAAAGGGUUACAUGGCUGUUAAACUGGACAUGAGUAAGGCCUACGACAGAGUGGAGUGGAGCUUCCUUGAAGCCAUGAUGCGUUCUAUGGGUUUUGCAGAGAAAUGGAUUAGGCUCAUCAUGUGUUGUGUUAGCUCAGUGACCUACUCGGUUCUAGUAAAUGGCUCUCCCUGUGGCAAAAUUGUUCCCUCAAGAGGUCUUAGGCAGGGGGACCCCCUGUCCCCCUACCUCUUCCUCUUGGUGGCGGAGGGCCUUAGUGCCAUGUUAGUCAAGGCAGAGCAAGACCGGCUGCUCACAGGAGUCCCGAUUUCAGUGAGGGGGGUACACUUAACCCACCUCUUCUUCGCAGACGAUAGCCUGCUCUUUUGUAGGGCAAAUUUUGAAGAGUGGGGUAAUCUUCUGAAGGUUUUGGAGGUCUAUGAAUCAGCCUCGGGUCAGAAGAUCAAUGUAGAGAAAUCCUCCAUAUUUUUCAGUAGUAACACGGGUGUGGAUUUCAGAUCCUUAAUCUCAGCUGCUGGCUUUGCUUCCUCUUCCUGCUUAGAGAAGUACCUGGGGCUCCCUAUUCUAGUGGGUCGGUCAAAGAUGAGAGCUUUUGAGGGGAUCCUAAGCCGGGUGCGUAAGAAGGUGGAUGGUUGGAAGGAGAAAUUUUUGUCUCAGGCGGGGAAGGAGAUCCUGAUCAAAGCUGUGGUACAGGCUAUUCCGAUGUACAGCAUGAAUAUUUUCCAAUUACCAAAAAAAUUGUGCGCUAACCUUAACUCCAUCAUGAGCCGGUUCUGGUGGGGGAGAUCAGAGGGGGCAAAAGGCGUGACCUGGAUGAGCUGGUGUCGUUUGGGGGUGCCUAAGGAGAAAGGGGGGAUGGGUUUCAGAGAUUUAGAGAUCUUUAACCGGGCUUUGCUUGCCAAGCAAGGGUGGAGAUUGUUUAAAUUCCCCGAGUCUCUGGUUGCUAGAGUGAUGAAAGCAAAAUACUACCCGAACGGGGACUUUCUUUCGGCACGUCUAGGGAGUCGGCCUUCCUUCGCAUGGAGGAGCAUUUUCCAAGCAAGGAGGGUUGUGAAAGAUGGGUUACUUUGGAGGAUUGGAGAUGGGGAAACUGUGAGGAUUUGGAAGGAUAAGUGGCUCUCGUCCCCUUUAACCUCUCUAAUCCCUUCCCCUCAACAUGGUUUGGAUGCUAAUUCUAAAGUGAGCAACCUCAUUGAUAGGACCUCUGGUUGGUGGAAUAUUCAGCUUCUUCAAGCAAAUUUCAGGGAGGAUGAAAUCGCCCGGAUCUGCCGUAUUUGCCCGAGUCCGUUCCUAGCCCCUGAUACUCCGACCUGGCAGGGUACAGCAAAUGGUCAGUUCUCGGUUAAAAGUGCCUAUCUAUUGGAGCAGCGUCGGAAAAAUCAAUCCAGGGGAGAGAGCUCGGGUGCGGGCGAGGAGGUGAUUUUUUGGCAAAAGUUGUGGAGAGUGGAAGCUCCGGGGGUGAUAAAAAAAUUUUUGUGGAAAGUGGGAAAUAAUCUCCUCCCAACAAAACUUAACCUUUUCAACAAGAAGGUAAUUCCUGUUCCGACCUGUCCCAUCUGCUCCCAAGACCCAGAGGAUGCUAUUCACAUUCUAUGGAAGUGCAAAUCAGCAAUGGCAGUUUGGCAAGGUUGUGGUAAGAAAAUUCAGAAGAUGACUGUCGAGCAAGUGGAUGGUAAGGGUCUGAUCCAAUUUCUGAUGGGUAAACUUGAAGGGGAGGAGUUGCUUUUGGCUUUGGUAGUGCUCCGACUGAUAUGGUUGAGAAGGAACGCGUUCGUUUUUGAGAAGGCGUUCUCCCCCCUUGAGCGGAUUGUCCUUGAUGCCCAAAGAAUGGUGAGGGAGUUCUCCUCUGCUGUCUCCUUAGCUGAUAGGUCUCUGGCCCCUCCCCCUGGUCAGUCUAUCUCCUGGCAGCCCCCCCUUCCUGGAGCCAUCAAAAUUAAUUGGGCUGUUGUUGCCAACAGUUUUGUUAAUAGAACAGGUAUCGGGGUGCUUUCAAGGAACGAUAGAGGUGAGUUUGUUGCAGCUCAAACUAAGUUUUUUCCCUCCCUGUUGAACCCUUCUAUAGCCUCUGCUUUAGGGGCUUGGUGGGCGGUUAAGAUGGCUGGGGAGUUGGGUGCAUCCCACGUGCACCUGGAGGGUGAUAGGAGGGAGGUGAUAAAUGCUUUGAUGAGGGGCGGGCCAAGUGAUAGCAGUUAUGGGCAUUUGAUUGAGGAUGCCAAUCUUAGGAUCCAAAGUCUGCCUGAAGUUGAUUUUCAUUUUGUUAGCAAACAAACAAAUGAUGCUGCUGUUAGAUUGGCUAAUUUAGCUUGUUCCCAGUUUUUAGAAGGUGUCUGGGUGGGGGUUUGUCCUUCCUUGAUUCGGAAUGUCUAUCAAAAAUGUUUUCCCCUGUACUUGAUUGAUGAUUAA